AAAGCCCCAGGGGUACAUAAAGCAUUCCCUGUCUGGGCACUGCCACCACCAUCAACACUUGGGCUCUCAAGAGGCUGCAGGGACCGGCGCUGUCUGGACAGGAUGGCCCACACAGAGAGAGCUCUGCCCUGGCUGCUGCUGCUGUCACUGGCCUUGCUGGGCAGCAGCACUGCAGAGCGGGACUGCCGAGUAAGCAGCUUCAAAGUCAAGGAGAACUUCGACAAGACCAGGUACAGUGGCACCUGGUAUGCUAUGGCAAAAAAAGAUCCUGAGGGGCUGUUUCUGCAGGACAAUGUGGUAGCCCAAUUCACCGUAGAUGAGAAUGGACAAAUGACUGCCACUGCAAAGGGCAGAGUGAGACUCUUCAAUAACUGGGAUGUCUGUGCUGACAUGAUCGGCUCUUUCACUGACACAGAGGAUCCUGCCAAGUUCAAGAUGAAGUACUGGGGCGUCGCCUCUUUUCUGCAGAAAGGAAAUGACGAUCACUGGGUAGUGGACACAGAUUACGAUACAUAUGCUCUUCAUUACUCCUGCCGUCAGCUAAAUGCAGAUGGCACUUGUGCUGAUAGCUACUCCUUUGUGUUCUCCCGGGAUCCCAAGGGACUGCCUCCAGAUGCACUGAAAAUUGUCAGACAAAGGCAGAUGGAUCUCUGUUUGGACAGAAAAUACAGAGUUAUCACUCAUAAUGGAUUUUGCUCUUAAGGAGAUCCAGCCCUGUGGAAAGAAACCAUGUAACAGCACCAUGGAUGUAAAGUUAACACAAUGAUCAUAUGUUCUGUGGAAAAUGUUUUAAAUGGCUUCAUUUAGAUUUUCAAUAUAUUUAUCUGAGCUGUGUAGCUCACCUUGUUAAUAAACCAAUGAAACAUUUUAAUAAACUUGGAUUACAGGGGAUGCAAAUUGUAUGCAAAUCUGUACAUAUGUAGACAUUGGUUACAUUAGUAGCCUGUUAGUGAACUGUUUUGACUUGGUGACACAUGGUGAUAAUUAAGAAUUUAAUCUUGCUUUGGUUUCAAUUUCUGACUAAAAGAGUAUUUAUCAUAAA